CGGCCGCGCCGCAGCGCCGCGGGUCCGAUGGAGGCGGCGCCGUGGGAGCCGGAGCACAACAGCUCGCUGUCGCCCACGCUGAGCCCCGCCGUGCCGCCCUACGUGAAGCUCGGCCUCACGGUGGUCUACACUGUGUUCUACGCGCUGCUCUUCGCGUUCAUCUACGCGCAGCUCUGGCUGGUGCUGCGCUACCGCCACAAGCGGCUCAGCUACCAGAGCGUCUUCCUCUUCCUCUGCCUCUUCUGGGCCUCGCUGCGAACCGUGCUCUUCUCCUUCUACUUCCGAGACUUUGUGGCGGCUAACUCGCUCAGCCCCUUCGUCUUCUGGCUGCUCUACUGCUUCCCCGUGUGCCUCCAGUUCUUCACCCUCACGCUCAUGAACUUGUACUUCACGCAGGUGAUUUUCAAAGCCAAGUCAAAAUAUUCUCCUGAAUUACUGAAAUACCGGUUGCCCCUUUACCUAGCCUCACUCUUCAUCAGCCUCAUUUUCCUGCUGGUGAACUUGACCUGUGCUGUGCUGGUGAAGACAGGAAACUGGGAGAGGAAGGUUAUCGUCUCCGUGCGAGUGGCCAUCAAUGACACGCUCUUCGUCCUGUGUGCCAUCUCUCUCUCUGUCUGCCUCUACAAAAUCUCCAAGAUGUCCUUAGCCAACAUCUACCUAGAGUCCAAGGGCUCCUCUGUGUGUCAAGUGACUGCCAUUGGUGUCACCGUGAUCCUGCUGUACACCUCUCGGGCCUGCUACAACCUGUUCACCUUGUCAUUUUCUCAGCUCAAGACCGUCCACUCCUUUGAUUAUGAUUGGUACAAUGUAUCAGACCAGGCAGAUUUGAAGAAUCAGCUGGGUGACGCUGGCUAUGUGGUGUUUGGAGUGGUGCUUUUUGUGUGGGAACUUUUACCUACCACCUUGGUCGUUUACUUCUUCCGAGUUAGGAAUACUGCAAAGGACCUUACAAAUCCUGGGAUGGUCCCCAGCCAUGGAUUCAGUCCCAGAUCGUAUUUUUUUGAUAACCCCCGGAGAUAUGACAGUGAUGAUGACCUUGCCUGGAACAUUGCUCCUCAGGGACUGCAGGGAAGUUUUGCUCCAGACUACUAUGAUUGGGGACAAGCUAACAGCUUCCUGGCACAAGUAGGAACUUUGCCACAAGACUCAACCUUGGAUCCUGACAAACCAAGCCGUGGGUAGCAGCAUCAACUGACACUUGUGGAAGAAUCCUGUUGAAAAGCUUCACAAAGAGACUCAAUGACAGCUGAAUUUUGAGGGCACUUUUCCUUAUAAAAUAGGACUUGAUUGUUACUUGUUAAAGGUUUUUAAUGGCUCUGUAGGACCAAGCAAUAAUUUAGCUAGAUAAACCUUUAUUUUAAUACUAAUAAGCAAGCCUGGCUAUUUCAGUGGGUAUAAUUUAAACUUUUUAAAGAAAAUCUGUACUUUUAUAAAUAUGUAUUUUAUAUAACUUAAUAAUGCUAAAGUAUACUAGGGUUUUUCCUUGAAUGUUAUUGCAAUGUAUGUUGUAGUUUGCACAGACUUUUAUGCAUAAUUCACUUUAAAAGGUAGACUGUAUGGUCUAAUAGUUUUUUAAAAGCUUUUAGACUAAAGUAUUCCUCAAAUUCUUACCUCUGAACAUCAAUGAAGGUCACUCAGAUUCUGAGCUCUACAUUAGCCGACUUCUAAAAUGAAAUGGACAUUCCAUUAACUACCACUCCAGUGUUGAGCUAAAAGGAAGCAGUGUAGAAUCAGUCUGUAAGUAGUUAGUAGUUUUUCUUAAAUUUUGCCAAGUCUCAUACUUCCUUCAUCAGAGCACUAAUGUACACACUCCGAUGACAAGUGGAUAAUCUAAGAUGUAGCUUACUUACACUAUUAAACCUCCUCUGCUGUAUUCAUAGUGAUUUUGCAUAGUUUUUUUCAGCCCAGUGUAAUUGAAUGUCCACUACCUCAGGACUAUGGCAAGACUGCACCUUUGCCAACCCAGCCCGUGUUCACUAAGUCAAUGAGAAACUAAGAAGUCCCUAUGGGGCAUUAAUAAUAAACAGAGCUGGCCUUUGAGCCGAAACACUUUGGAAUCCUGGUUUUUCUAUAAAACACUUCCGUUAUUUUUAAAUAGCUUUCUGACCAGCCUAUUAGAAGCUACACGUUGAAAGGGGUGGCACUGCCCUAUGCCUGUUUCAGCCAGAGUGGAAAUGACAUGCUCCAGGCCCUCCAAGUGCCGUUCUAAGACUUCCCCCCAGGAGGCCCAACAGCUCUGCUUCACAAUAUGUAUCUGGUUCUAGUGGAAGGACAGUUAGCAAACCCAAAGGACCACCCUGUGUUGCUCAGGGCCAGGAAAGGAUGAGAGAGGAGCACCUGUGGUGGAAUUCUGCCUACUUUAGAUAGCUAGCUCUCCUGCUAUCCAGGUCUUUGGGAACAGCCAGUCUCUGGGCUUUAAUUUCCCAGGAUCGAGUCUACUUCCCCCAUUUUUAUGGUAUUCCAAAUGGGUUCUGAUUGCCUUUUCAUUGUAUAAAACACUUACCCUGAAUCACCUUUCAAUGCAGGGAACACUCUAGAUCACUUGCCAUGUAAAAGAGUUAUUUGCCAGGGAGAAUUCUAUAUCAGAACAAAACCUGCAGUGGGAAAGUUGCCUACUAAUGUAUUAUAAGCUUUUACACCAAACUGUUACAGUGAUUGUCAUCAGUACACCCACAAGACUCACUUGAUACAGCCAGUGCCCACAACUCCCAGGUCCUACCUUCAGCAGUUGUGGUGGUUUGAAUGGUUGACCCCCAAUACAUUCAGAAGUUUUA